AGAUCGGAGAGUUGUUCAUCCCUCAACUGCUUUCACUCUCAUACAGCAAAAUAAAGUGCUACAAUUUGAAUGCGAUGCAAGCAGUUAAGGACCUUGUUCAGGGGUCUAACAGUGGUAACUUGGCUGUGCAACAAGACUGCAAAAUGUCUGCUGGAAAUGCCAAGAUCGGUCAUCCUGCUCCUCAGUUCAAGACCACAGCAGUAGUGGACGGCCAGUUUAAAGAUGUUCAGCUUUCCGACUACAGAGGGAAGUAUGUGAUUUUGUUCUUUUAUCCUCUGGACUUUACCUUCGUGUGCCCAACUGAAAUCAUCGCCUUUAGUGAUCGUGUUAAAGAAUUCCGCAAGAUUGGCUGUGAGGUUCUCGCUGCCUCCACUGAUUCCCACUUCAGUCACCUGGCCUGGAUUAACACCCCAAGGAAACAGGGAGGCCUGGGCUCCAUGAACAUCCCACUGCUGGCUGACCUCACCCAGUCCAUCUGCCGCGAUUAUGGUGUGCUGAAGGAGGACGAGGGCAUUGCGUACAGAGGGCUGUUUGUAAUCGAUGAUAAGGGCAUCCUGAGGCAGAUCACCAUCAAUGACCUGCCUGUGGGACGCUCAGUGGACGAGACACUCAGACUGGUUCAGGCCUUCCAGCACACUGACAAGUAUGGAGAAGUCUGCCCUGCUGGAUGGAAGCCUGGAAGUGACACCAUCAUCCCUGACGUUCAGAAGAGCAAGGAGUUCUUCUCCAAGCAGUAAAGGUGGCAGUGUUGGCCUCAGAGCCUCCAAUCCAGCGGAGUAUUAAAGCACUUGACUCUAAUCACUGAACUUUAGUUUGAAUAUUAUCUGCUGUUAAUUAGCCUUAAAGAGAAAUUCCAAACAUUAGUGCACUUCUGCUUGUUACCUAACAUGUUAUUUACCUCAGUAGUCUCAUGCACUGAGAUUUCUGUUUGAUACCUCUGUUAACAUGUAAAAUGAUUUUGUAUUUAUCACCAUUACAGUCUUCCUUGUGUUUAGGUUUCUGGAUGCCCAUUAAAGAUGAAAAACAAA